GGGUAACGCUGCUAACGCAGAUGCACCGACAACAGUCGCGGGAAAAAAAAAAAGAAAAAGAAAAAGAAAGAAAGACAACAGUCGCCGGAAAGAAUAUAUGUUGGGCUGGGCUAGUGGGCUUACCCCGCCUCUCUCUCUAACCUGCAUCUCUCUCUCUCUCUCUCUCUCUCUCUCUCUCCGCUCGCGAGACUCUUCCCCGAGGAAGAAGAGGACAUUUGCGCAGCCGCGAAAGUAGUGAACCUACCUACCCUACCCUACCCUACCCUACACUGCCGCUUAGCUGCCUGCAUGUACACACACACAAACGCCAUACUUACGCGGAUGAGAUCAUCAUUUCUAGGGAUCAGAUGAGAUCAUUGAGAUGAGAUGGCAAGGACAACACUCGGAAAACACCAAUCAACCAAGUUCGUCUUCAUAUGCAUUGCCCUUCUCGGUUUCGCCCUAAUCGCAGAUCUUCUUUGGGCUUCUUCUUCUUCAUCCUCUGCCUACCUCUAUGGAGUUUCAUCUAAUUGGCCUCUCCAAGAAUCCCACAACUUCUUUAUCCCUCCCCAUCUCCACAACACCACCGCAACCAAGGGUCAGAAAGAUGCCGUGCCUCAGCGAGUCUUAUCAGCAACUUUUGCUGAUUUACCGGCUCCGGAAUUAGAAUGGGAGGAGAUGGCAGCAGCACCCGUCCCACGUCUUGACGGGGCAGCAUUACAAAUCAAGGAUCUUCUCUUCGUCUUUGCUGGAUACGGCACAAUUGACUACGUACAUUCUCAUGUUGAUAUCUACAACUUUACGGACAAUACGUGGGGAGGAAGGUUUGAUAUGCCCAAAGAAAUGGCGCAUUCACAUCUAGGAAUGGCGACAGAUGGGAGAUAUAUUUAUGUGGUCACCGGCCAAUACGGGCCGCAAUGUAGGGGGCCGACAGCACGUACCUUUGUGCUGGACACUGAAACAAAGAAAUGGCAAGACAUGCCCAACUUACCGGUGCCUAGGUAUGCACCGGCUACCCAACUUUGGAAUGGUAGACUACAUGUGAUGGGUGGGAGCAAAGAGAAUCGAUACACACCAGGAUUAGAGCACUGGAGUCUUGCAGUGAAGAAUGGCAAAGCUUUAGAAAAAGAGUGGCGUAGUGAAAUACCCAUACCUCGUGGUGGACCUCAUAGGGCUUGUGUUACGGCAAAUAAUCGAUUGUACGUUAUUGGUGGACAAGAGGGUGACUUUAUGGCCAAACCUGGCUCACCUAUUUAUAAGUGCUCUCGAAGGAAUGAGGUUGUCUAUGGCGAUGUCUAUAUGCUAGAUGAUGAGAUGAAGUGGAAAGUGUUACCUCCCAUGCCAAAGCCUGAUUCCCAUAUCGAGUUUGCUUGGGUUGUUGUUAAUAAUACUAUCGUUAUUGUUGGAGGCACGACAGAUAAGCACCCAGUGACCAAAAAGAUGACUUUGGUUGGAGAAGUGAUGCAAUUUGAUUUGGAUACAAUGAAAUGGUCAGUAACUGGAAAACUUCCUUAUCGUGUGAAAACAACUCUAGUUGGGUUUUGGAAUGGAUGGUUGUACUUCACAUCUGGCCAACGAGACAGAGGACCAGAUAAUCCAGCACCAAAGAAGGUUAUCGGGCAGAUGUGGAGGACUAAAUUGCACUUGUGACCAAUAGAUUGCCUGUCUAAUCGUGUAUUAGCUGAUCGCCAUCGAUUUUUUUGUUUUAUCUGUGUUGAUCUAUUUAUUCUUUUCCCUCUUUGAAAGAUUGCUUGUUUCUCCUCUUAUGCUUUUAUAUUGGAGGGAGAAGUGAGGGAGAUGAGGGAGUCAAAGAUUACUGUUUAUGGUUUCUGCUUGCAAUCUUUGUGUAAAUUAAAUUUGCCACUCCCAUCA